ACUGUUUAUGGAAUGUAUCGCCGACUCCUUGGAUAAAAUCUUGAGCAACUGCUUGAAGUGUUGUUGCUACAUUUCUGUAUUUACCUCUGUUGUACCGGGAUAUCUUAAGUAAUAGUUCGGGGUGAAGACUUCUGAAAUGGCAGGUCGAACAGCGAAGAAAACGGGCAAGGUCGGCUUCGCCCCGCACCGGACAUUUUCACUCAAGGUGCUACUGGUUACGACAGGUGAGAUGUUCACCAUCGGCCAGGUGUACCCUGAAAUGCAGGUGUGGCAACUGAAGGAGGCCGUGGAACUGGAGGUGGGAAUCCCCUCCAACCUGCAGAGGCUCUCCUACCUGGAUGAAGGUGACAUGCAUGAGGACAGUGACCUGCGGCACAAUGACAUUGUCCAAGGCGGGACCAUCAAGCUGAAGGUGUGGUCUCAGUGGCAGAAUCUGGUGGAGGCUGCGGCGGAGGGAGACAUUGAAAAGGUGUUUCAGCUGGGAGUGACACCCGACACCAAGUUUCAGUCGCCCACGUCGGACUACAUGGGUCCCCGCCAGCGCAGGGCCUGGUUUGCCGAGCGAGCGGCUGUGGCGCUCUUCAUCGCCUCCAACCGGGGACAUCUGGAUCUCAUGCACAGCCUCAUGGAGGAAGGUGCUGACGUGAAUGCCACCACACCGUCAGGUCGUACUGCACUUCAUGCUGCAGCCGCUAGGGGGAGAGGAGAAUGUGUGGACAUCCUACUGGAGAAGGGCGCCCGUAUCAACGCUGCCGACAGAGAGGGCAAAACGGCGCUAACCAUUGCUGCUGAUUCCAACCACAAGAAGACGGAGAGACACCUGUUCCUGUUCCAGUGGCAGGUCAGAGCCACUCAGAUGAGAGCCAACGGUUCCUCCCAAGAUGUCCACCUGAAGGCUCACCAACUGUUCGACUCCAAGACGCCCACCUGGCUGAAGGGCACUCAAGGUCAGCUGUACAUGGCGCAGAUUCUCCCCCCAGGUGAGUUCCAAGGCACAGGAUUUGCCUCGCCGAAAAGCUUGAAGUUCGCUUCAAGAGAAGAUGAGAAGGGCCUCAAGGACCUUGAAGAUGCAGUGGAAGAAGGAGGAGAUGCUGACGAGGAAGAUGAAGAUAAAGAUGAAGACACUGAGAGUGACGCAAAGGCGUCGGAAGUCUCGAAGCACACAGAGGUGCGUUUCCGUGCCAAAUUGGAAGACGUAGACUCAGAUUCGGGAUCUGGAACGAGGCGAACCUGGAGUGAAAAGUCCGGGAGCAUCGGAAAACCCAUCUUAAGGGUACGAGCACCUGAAGUUCCCAAGGAGGAUAAGGAGGACAGGAUGUCGCACAGGUGGCUGGCAAGAAAGAAUUUUGCAGAUGAAAAAGAGGACGAGAGAGCACGACAAUUGCGAGCAAAACCGAUGGGGAAGGUCACAAAAGUUAGUGAUCACUUCUUACAGACAUCGGGGAAUAAAGUUCUGGAAGGUUUGGACAGAUCGAGUUCUGUCAGUGCCAGCUCGUUUAGGACAUGGCUGAUGAAGAAGGAUCUGGACUCGUUAGGUUACUAGAAGAAUUUUUGUAUUUUGGUGCCAAAGUCUAGAUAGAAGUACUUUUUUGUUGUUUAAAUGCAAAUUUUCUAUAACAAUAGUUUAUACUCUUAAUAGUUUAUCUUUCUCAAUUAAUAUAGCUGUGAAGAAGGAAAUGAAUUUUGAUACUCAGCUGCUAUUAAUAAUCGGAAUUUAGUAAGUAACACAAAUUACACAGGCAGUGAAAAUGGUAACUUUUAUUUGUGAAUAUUUGUAUGUUGAAAUCCAUCCAUGCACAUGAUGCUGACUAAGUUUGAAUGGUUAAGUGUAGAAGACAUUUUAUCUUCUCAGCUUUAAACAAAAUGUGUAUUUAUUCUGGCUACAGUUUGUGUUCUUGUGUAAUGAAAAUGCAGUCUCAUAUAUUUUAUUCUAUCCAAAUAUCUACAGACUGAUGCUUGAAUCUAAAAUAGUUGCUUAAGAUUCAGAA